CCGUUGAUCAGAUCGUCCACGUCAUUUUGACUCUUCAAAAUUUGAAAGCACGCGCUCAUCCAGCGCACAAAUAUGUUUGCAAGUCACGAUAGGCUGCUGUUACUACCUGCACCACACCCGUACCGCAUAAAGCUCAUGUCGGUCUAGCCGGCCUUCUCAAGUUCUCACUGAUGUCCAGUUGUUCCAGUUUGACCCACCUUGGUUAGGUGUCCGCAACUCGGAUCAUAAGUCGGGAUAAGUUUCAGUUAUCUCUUGGAUCAAUCUUGGUUUGGAUCGCAGACUAGGUUACCCAAUGCGGAUACUGAGGUGAUUCCCGGUUGACUACUAAUCUUUUUUAAUACUGCGUGACCAGUGGCUCAGGCUCGAAAUUGCCUACUUCCAAUAUGGAGGCUCCGAGAGCUUCAGCGAUUUCGAAGUUGCAACCCCAACCGAGUGCAGAUGAGACGACUCUCGCCAAGCUAGGAUACAAGCAGGAGUUUCACAGGGAAUUCACUCCACUAGAGGUGGCUGGACUUGCUUUCAGCUAUGUUGGAGUGGUUCCUUCUAUAGCCUCCAUGCUCUUCUAUGCCAUACCAAAUGGUGGGCCUUUCGCUAUGGUUUGGGGUUGGGCAAUUGCUUGCCCCUUUAUCAUGUGCAUCGGGUUGGCGAUGGCAGAGCUCGCAUCAGCAGCACCUACUUCUGGUGGUCUAUACUAUUGGACUUACUCGCUCGCUUCUCCUCGAUGCCGCAAUUUUCUGUCGUGGAUAGUCGGCUAUUCGAAUACUGUACAGAUUAUCACGGGAGUCGGUAAGAGAAGUUUCAUUUUUCCAACGGUCUUCCUCGGAUCAUGUGGGUUAGCUUCCAUAGACUGGGCUUGCGCAAUUCAAGUCACUGCAACAAUCAGUAUUGCCUCCUCUGGCCAGGCAUACACGACUACCAACCGGCAGCUCUAUGGUAUAUACGCAGCUUUGGUUUUGUCACAAGCUGUUCUCGUGAGCUUCGGUACCAAGGUUUUGGCAAGGCUACAGAGACUAUUCACGUUGGUGAAUGCAUCCCUCUGCUUCAUAAUCAUCAUUGCGCUUCCGAUCGCAACGCCACCAGAUUAUCGCAACAGUGCAAAUUUUGCGCUAGGGGAUUUCGCCAACUUGGCCGGCUGGCCAUCUGGAUUCGCAUUUAUUUUGAGCUUCAUGGCUCCUCUUUAUACAAUAGGGGGUUUUGAUGCCAGCGUUCAUAUGAGCGAGGAGGCCUCAAAUGCCGCUACUACGAUACCAUGGGCAAUAGUCACUUCCAUUGCCGCAUCGGCCGUUCUUGGUUGGGGAAUCAACGUCUCACUUGCCUUUUGCAUGGGUACUGAUAUCGGCAGCAUCCUAAGUAGCCCUACAGGCCAGCCUAUGGCACAGAUCUUAUAUAAUUCGCUCGGGCAGAAAAAGACCCUGGCUCUAUGGUGCUUCAUUAUUUUAGCGGAGUACAUAGUAGCAUCGAACAGCCUCCUGGUUGGCUCUCGCCAAUCGUUUGCAUUUGCUCGUGAUGGAGCCCUCCCAUUUUCACGGUAUCUGUACCGGAUAAAUCACUACACAGGAACACCUGUCAAUACAGUUUGGUUCGACGCCAUUUGCGCUCUGGCAAUUGGGCUUUUGUCGUUUCUGAGUACCGAAGCCAUCAAUGCGAUCUUCACGAUUUCUGUCACAGCAUCGUAUAUCGCUUACAUAACCCCGAUCACAACCCGCUUUGCGUUUAAGAAUGAUUUCAAACCCGGCCCAUUUCAUCUGGGGAAACUGAGCUUACCAGUUGCCGUGAUCGCUGUGGUAUGGAUGGUCUUCGUGAUCCUGGUUUUCUUCUUUCCCGCGACCCCGCAAACAACGGUACAACAGAUGAACUACACAGUUGUGGUACUUGGAGGCUUCAUGUUUCUGGCAAUUUCCUGGUAUUAUUGUCCAGUGUACGGAGGCGUGCAUUGGUUUGAUGGGCCCAUAUCCAAUUUUACAUCGGUCAUCGGAGGUGAAAGCAGAGACGAGAGUUCAACAUCGGAGAAGGAACAACUUGAAGUAGAUAUCUCUGUUUCAGUGGUGGAUGUAUAA